AUCUCCAUUGGCGUUUCUGCGAGACUCGGAAGAGAGUGAAAAAUCCCAGUCUCCAGAAAUCUUCAGAGAAAAAAAGAGAGGAGGAGAGAGAGAUGGGAAGCGAUAGCGAAGUAGAGAAGUCAGCGCAGAAGGAGAGGGAGAAGAAGAAGCUGCAGGCUCUCGCUCCGGUAGCCAAACCGCUCGCCGGAAAGAAGCUCUGCAAACGAACACUCAAGCUCGUCCGUAAAGCUGCUGAGCACAAAUGCUUGAAGAGGGGAGUGAAGGAAGUGGUGAAAAGCAUAAGGCGUGGCCAAAAGGGGUUUUGUGUUAUAGCUGGGAACAUUUCGCCUAUUGAUGUGAUCACUCAUGUUCCAAUCUUAUGUGAAGAGGCUGAAAUUCCAUAUGUUUACGUGCCUUCAAAAGAAGAUCUUGCAAAUGCCGGUGCCACCAAGAGGCCAACUUGCUGUGUCCUGGUGACAACCAAGCCUAACAAGGGGGCACUCUCCCAAGAGGAUGAAGAUAAAAUAAAGGAAAAUUACGACGAAGUUGUAGGAGAGGUCAAAGAACUUCACGCCAACCUUUUUUGAAGGCUGGGAAAAAACUUGCUCUUGUACCAUCUUAUUUGAGGUUUUUUCUUUUUGUGGCCUCUGAAUGCCUGCCGUUGUACUUCGUUUUAGAAAAUUUUAGAAUGUGCUUGUUUUGUGUAACUACUGAAGUUGAACGUUAAGCGGAGUUGGAUUAGAUAUGAGAUCAUAAUUUAGCCGGCGAUACAGGUUCUGAGUUA